UUGUCUGGACCUGCUGACCAGUGCUUCAUUAUUUAUAUUUUUACAUUUUCUUUUUUUAUAUCUGUGCGAAUAGGUCUUUGACUGUUAUCAACUAGAACUUACACUAUUAAGAAACAUCACUGGCAAUGAAUGUAUAAAAAAUACGAUAUUUUGGUUGAAGAUUUUCGAUCUAGGGCACGCCCACCUUUCGAGGGGUCAAAUCCGGGUCAGCUUCUAUCUGCUUUGAAAAUGGCAACCGAAGAUCUAACCAAACAUGUAUCUAUGGAAGAAGUUCUCGCUAAAAUGCGGGGUGAAGUUGAACACGAAGGACACGGAGAGUCCCAUGUGUUCGUAAUUCUAGGUGCUUCAGGGGAUUUGGCAAAAAAGAAAAUUUAUCCCACACUAUGGUGGUUGUUUAGAGAUGGUUUGCUACCUCAUAAAACAUACUUUAUUGGCUAUGCAAGGACUAAACUUACAGUUGAGAAUGUUCAGAAAAACUGUUUACCUUACAUGAAGGUGAAAGAUAGUGAGACUGAGAAGCUGAAAGAAUUCUUCAAGCUAAACGAAUAUGUUGCCGGCAGCUACGACAAGACCCAAGAUUUUGUGCAAUUAAAUAAGGCCAUUGAGCAGAAGGGGAGCGCUAACAGAAUCUUCUACAUGGCUUUGCCCCCUUCUGUUUUUGAGGCAGUUACUUUAAACAUUAAAGCUGUUUGUAUGUCAAAAGGUGAUAAAUGGACCAGGAUAGUUGUUGAGAAGCCAUUUGGUAAAGAUCUCGAAAGUUCUAACCAGUUGUCACAACAUUUAUCUGCAUUGUUCAAAGAGGAAGAACUCUAUCGUAUAGAUCAUUAUUUGGGCAAAGAGAUGGUGCAGAACUUAAUGGUGUUAAGGUUUGGUAAUAGAAUCUUUAGUCCAAUCUGGAACCGUGAAAACAUUGCCAGUAUAGUCAUAUCAUUUAAAGAGCCUUUCGGAACACAAGGAAGAGGAGGCUACUUUGAUGAGUUUGGUAUACUGAGGGAUGUGAUGCAAAAUCAUCUGCUUCAGAUUUUGACACUUGUUGCCAUGGAAAAACCACCUUCAACACAUGCUGAAGAUAUACGCAAUGAAAAGGUGAAGGUUUUAAAAAGUAUACCACCGCCAGAUAUAAAAAAUGUAGUUCUAGGACAAUAUGUUGGUGAUCCUAAUGGAGAGGGUGAAGCUAAGCUCGGCUAUUUAGAUGAUCCUACAGUCCCUAAAGGUUCAAUAACACCUACAUUUGCCACUGUUGUACUUUUUGUUAAAAAUGAAAGAUGGGAUGGUGUCCCUUUUAUUCUCAGGUGUGGGAAAGCCUUGAAUGAGCGUAAAGCUGAGGUCAGAGUUCAGUUCAGGGAUGUUGCUGGAGAUAUUUUCCCAUCAGGGGAAGUCAAACGCAACGAGCUUGUGAUUCGUGUACAGCCAAGUGAGGCGAUCUACAUGAAGAUGAUGGCCAAAACACCUGGCAUGAGCAUAAACUGUGAGGAGAGUGAGCUAGAUCUGACUUAUGGCAGCCGCUAUAGGGGAGUGAACAUGCCUGAUGCUUAUGAACGCUUGAUCCUUGAUGUCUUCAUGGGGUCACAAAUACAUUUUGUCCGAUCUGAUGAGCUUUAUGAAGCGUGGCGCAUCUUCACCCCUUUAUUGCACCACAUUGAAUACAACAAACCAAAACCUAUUGAAUACGUGUAUGGCAGCCGAGGACCAAGAGAAAGCGAUGAACUGUGUCGUGAGUUUGAUUUCAGCUACACAGGAACUUAUAAGUGGCCUUACCAGGAGUCCAAAAUGUGAUGGGCACUUAGCUAGAGACACUUACUUUGGUGACACCAAUCAACUUUGAACCAAGCAACCUUAGCAGUCAACUCUUGACUGAGUGACAGAGCAGUAAAUAUUAAGCACAGUAAUUGGAUGAAUGAACCAAUAAUUGAGUUGAUGGACAAAGCUUUCAAUCACCUUAAAUGUGUACAAUUUUGUUUUGUAUAACCAAGAGAUACAAUUUUUUUGAAAGGUGAGAUUGACCCAGUGCUAUUGUAAAUGUGAAAAAAUCAGCAAUAUGUAAAAAAAAAUAAAAAAUUAUACACAUUUUUUAAAAUUUGAACUUUAAAAAAAGUUUCUUUAAAUUUUUAAAAAUUCUUUUUUAACUACUUUUUUUUUAAAACUUUUGUUGCAAACAAACACAAGACUUUGACAGCCUACCAUGAGAAUAAUUUAUUGAAAUGUUUAUAAGCCAAUAAUUUUUUUAAAGAAUUUAUAACAAAUUUAAAAAAAAAUAAUGUAAAUAAUUACCUCAGUAUAAUUUAUUCAGUUUAUGUUGCCGGUGUAUUCAUUUCAGUCUAUUUAUAUACUAGUUGUAUAUUUAUUAUUGCUACUUUUUGAAUUGCACUUAGCACAUGUAAUUCAUACAUUAAAAUAAAUGUCUGCUAAUAAUUGAAACUGCUAAAUAUUUCAUUGGACAGAUACUCAGCAUUAUUUUUUUUCCCCCAUCUAUCAAUUUUUCUCUACACUAAGCUGUUUUCUUCAGUCAGAUUCAUGUUAGAUUUCGAAGCUUCUGAACACCAAGGAUGGUAGCUGCUAAAAUAUUACUUGUUUGUCGUCUUCCAGAGAAUUUUUCUUUAAAAGUUUUUGCUUUUUUUUUUUUCAUCAUCUUUACUUCUUGUUUUUGUUUUUCUAUCUUACUCUUGAGUACAAUGAAGAAAUACAUUCUAUGCAUUAGAUCCAUUUCAAUGAAAUGUAUAUUUAUUUUACCCAACAUUAUUUAGAUUUAUGAAGAGAUCAGAAAAAAAAAAAAAGAUUUGUGUAAGCAGAUAUUUUUGGAAUGUCUUGUUUUUGUUGGUAUCACUAAAAUUCAUAAUAUAUUAUUUUUUAAAAUUCAUACUUUGUUUUUGUUCUUGUUGAUGAAAAUUGAUUGAAAUGUGGCAUCAGCCAGUCAGUCACAGGCUCCUUGUCAGAACAAGUUUAAUAAGUACCUAAUCCAUUGCUCAAACCAUCUAUAAUCUAUUUGCUUGCUUUCUGAGCAAAGAAAUUCUGUUUCCAUUCAUGUUGUAACUGGGGAUUCUGUCUAUUUGCCUAAAAAGGUGAGCUUUUCAUUUUGCCAAAACAGAAAGAUGCUUGUCUUAGAAAAAAUAAAAGUUUGGAUUCAAUUACCAAGUGAUGAUGAACCACAAAAUGAUAACAGAAAAUAAUAAUAAUAAUUUUAUUUAUAAAGCGCUGUUAACAAACAAUGGAAAAAUGAGUCAUUGGUUUUUAUUUCAGCUAAUUCAAUGUCUAUGAAAUUGGUACAAACUAAAUUUUAAAAAUGUAAUCUAUAUUGCAUUUUUUUUUUAAAAGUUGAAGCCAUUUUUCAUAAAUCUCAAUGAAGGAAAUAAUUUCCAGAGCUGUUGUUUCAAAAAAAAAAAAAAAAUUCUAGGCCAAAACAUUUUAUGAAGAAAUUGUUUUCUAGUGUUUUUAGUCAACUGUCUUACCUAGAGAAAUACAAAGAUAUUGUGGAAUCCUAAAUUAAAAUAAAGAAAAAAAAACAUUAAGUCUAUUAUGCUUUUAGUCUGAACUCAACUUCAGCCAUCUUUUGUGGUUUGUUAUAACCUAGUGGUAUUCUAUUUUAGUUUUGUGCACUAUGAUGUAGAGGUAAAAAAAAAUGAAUGUAUUCUUUGGUUUAUAUAAAAACAGCAGAAAGUAUUUCUUGUUUUAAUGGUUUUCAUGUCCAAAAAAGUCCCAGAGAUGCUUAUAGUUUCUGUUUAGAUUCAAAUGGAUUUAAUUUUGUUGAGUCAUACAAGUUUAGUCAAUAACUUUAAAAAUUGUAUUUAAUUUUAGACAAAAACCACAUUUGAUAGAGAAUUUGAAACCUGCUUUUGAUCUGAACUUUUUCAUGGAACUUACAAUAACAUUGCCUACAUCUUAGCAAGCUUUAUGUAUCAAACUGAUCACAAUCAAUUGUCAUUUUGUUUUUAUUAAUUUAAUAAUAAUUUUUUUUUGAUGAAUGAAAGUUUAUUUGGUGCUUUUUGAUGUUCCAUUCAUUCAUUAAUCAGAUCAAAUAAUUUUGUUUGCUGAGCCUCUGUGAUUCUAAUGCAGCACUUGACAUGAUACUCCAACUAGUUAUGUUCCUUUAACUUACAUUCUUUACACUAUGUUCUUUUUGUCACAUUGGUAUUUGACAUUUUAUGAAACAAAGAAUUUUUAAUAAAAAUUUUUUAAUAAA